AUGGUUAAAGCAGUUGCUGUACUCAGAGGAGAUUCAAACGUUAGCGGAGUCGUUAGAUUCGAACAAACUUCCGAAUCAGAACCAACUAAAGUCACGUAUGAGAUUUCCGGUAAUGACCCCAAUGCUCAACGAGGAUUCCACGUUCAUGCAUUUGGUGACAACACCAAUGGAUGCACCUCAGCUGGUCCUCAUUUCAACCCAUUUAGUAAGACCCAUGGUGGGCCAGAUGAUCAAGAAAGACAUGUUGGUGAUUUAGGUAAUGUUGCUACUGAUUCUCAAGGUGUUGCCAAGGGAACCAAACUGGAUUCAUUGCUUAAAUUGAUUGGUGCAAAUAGCAUUCUUGGUAGAACCGUCGUUAUUCAUGCUGGUACUGAUGAUUAUGGUAAAGGUGGUUUUGAGGAUUCAAAAACCACUGGACACGCCGGUGCUAGACCAGCUUGUGGUGUUAUUGGAUUGUCAGAGUAA